CACCACGAUAUAAAAGAGAAGAUAGAUACUCUCAACAGCUGAGCUUCCUUCCAUUUCCUUGCAGUAAUGUCUCAUAAGACAGCAUUGGAAAUCAGAACAGAUGAUGAUGAUCAAUCUCAAAAAUGGCUUCUUCCACUCAGUGAAGAUGUUUUUAGCUCCUAUCUCAGUCAAGCUGGAGAAAUAGCACAGAAAGUGUUCGGAGAAGGUUCACUGUUCAGUCCACUUCUCUUUGGAAAGUUCUUUGAUCCAGCUGAUGCUUUUCCUCUAUGGGACUUCGAUCCAGAAUUGCUUCUCUCCAGGCUUCACAGUUCCUCAAAGAUCAGUGUUGAUUGGUCUGAAACAGACGACAAGUAUAUCUUCAGAGCUGAACUUCCAGUGGGAGCAAGGAGUGUUGAAGUAGCACUUUCCGGAGAUAAAGAAAAUUUGAUAGAAAUCAGUGGAAUCUGGAAUGUCGGAAAUCCUACAGGAAGAGAUUGGAAGAUCAGAAAAUGGUGGGAAUAUGGAUUUGUUAGGCGUUUAGAGGUAGCAGAUGAUGCUGAUUGCAGAAAGAUGGAAGCUUCCAUCAACAAUGAUAAUACUCUUGAGAUUAUCAUCCCAAAGAGUUUAUAAAUCUGAAAAUGAUCUUCAAAUGCAGGGUGUGGUGGCCAAUAAUCACAAUUUGUAUGAAGACUGAAAGAAUAUUUAAUACAUGUUAUGGUAUAUAUUAAUUUAUUCUGAUUUUGUUGGGAGAAAGAAUAGUUUUGUAAGGCAUAUCAUCAAACAUAUAGAAUACACGAUCAGCUUUCUGUUGAUUCUCAAUUCAA